UCCACCGCUUCUCAAAAAUCAAUUCCAAUAGAUUCUACGCCCAUUUUAAAACGACGUCGACGACAAAAAACCUUACCAAUGUACUUAAUAGUUUAUGAAGAAUUGCCAGAUGGAUCAACAGUAGAACGCUCUAUGAUCGACUCGAGGUUUCCCAAAUAUAGGACUGAUGACGUUUACAUAGCACCAAAAACAUGCAAUAUUACCAAAAUUCCAGAAGACAUCAGAAGAAUUCCAACUAUUUCUUCCACAAAUAUUACGCCAACUUCCAACAAAACAUCAUUAACUAAAUCGGUAACUGAUAGACUGAUUCCGCCGUCUAUUAAGAAAAUUGAUAAUAAAGUUUCUUGUCGAGAAAUUCAAACAGAAUCGAAUGAACGUAGACCGAAUAUUUCGAUUGAUCGUGAACUUACUUCCGAUCGGGAAAACGAGAGUGAAAGAAAUGAAUACAUGAGUACUCAAAAAUUAAUUGGUAACUCAAAUAGUACUCAUGUACCAGAAAUCAUCACAAUUCCGGACGACGACGACGAAACACCGUGUCAUAACCUUCAAGCCAAUCAUUCGUUUUACACAGACGUAAAUGCGUUGUCUCCAACAUCUUCAUUAGAUAUAGAAUUAGGAAGUGAAGUAUCUGAUUUGGAAGAAAUAGACUUGGGAAAAUCCAUGUGGGAAGUACAAAAAUAUAAAGAUUUUCAACCUAAUGUUCAAGAAAACUUAAAUAUUGUUUAUACUUCAGAAACGUUUUGUUUACCUAUUGUUAAAGAUGUAAUUGAAAUUGGAUCAUCUUCGGAAGAAUCAGAAUCUGAAGUUGAGUCAUCCUUGGCAGGAGAUUCAGAUGAAGAUAUGGAAGUGGCUACUAGUUCUGAUGAUGAUGAUUAUUAUACGGGAUUCAGAAUUUAUGAUUUAAUAACGGACAAUAAUCCUGAUACGAUGCUCCAAUUAAUUAAUAAUUCAUUACCAUAUGAUGUCAAAAAGCUCAAACAAAAAAGGACAAUAACUAAUUCUGUUGGAACAGUGAAGAGAAGAAAGACUAAGAACUAG